AUAUCGUGCCCCGGGGCCAGCUUUUCUUCGGCUUCCUCUAAUUCAUCUUCUCCGUACGAGAUCCUCACACCCAUUUCUCGUCGUUCCACGCCUAACGAUCUCAGACUGGAUUUUGAUGGCUACCAGUCAUAUGGCAGCCAAGGGGACCUCACACCGCCUACAGGGCUGCCUAAGUACAUGUUUGGUCCCGUGAAAGCGGAGCACGGCCGGAUGUCUUUCUCUUCUUCUGACGGAACCCUUCCCCCUUCGACACCUCUCAGGAAACUGAGCGACAUCAUGCCCUACGACCACAUCCUCGACAUGAACAACAUGACCACACACUCAAUCGGUUCCAUCACCCCUUCGGGUCCCGUAACAGUCUACACUGAAGCACCUCUACAACCUGCCCCCUACAUCAUGACACCUACUCACAGCAUCUCUCCCUCGGAGAUGGCAGACAGUGCACCUUGGUCGUCGUGCAACAACGACAGCCCAAUCUCCUUCUUCAGACAAAAGGUGUCGUCCCCACAAGAUGUUGAGUCCUUGGACAUUCAUCGAUACUCCCAAUCCCCUAUGGGAGGACGGUACUAUCUCCAUGGUUUACCAGUGUCUCCUAACAGGCUGCCUACACGGACACCGGGGAACGCCUUGGUUCGAACCCACAUGAAGACCAAAGAACUUCAUAGUCAGAUGGGAGUUACCAGAAAGGUACCCGAGAAGCAGCAGCAGCACGACAGCUCAUACGACGUGGUACGCAAAGCCAUGUGCAAGUGUGACUACCCUAACUGCCAAAAGGCAUUUAGAAGGAAUGAGCAUCUCAAACGCCACAAACAAACAUUUCACGGAGAGGGCCCCAACCGAUUUUCCUGUGAGUUUUGUGGAAAGGACCAGUUCAACCGUCAAGACAACCUCAACAAUCACCGCAAACUACAUGCUCGCCCAAACAGCCGCAAUCGAGGGGUGGAGUUUAUCCCUGCUGCGGUACCUGUCAUCGAGCAAGAGGAGCGAAGCCGCAAGAGGCGGGCACCUCCCAAGUCAAGGCUCGCCGCAAAUGGAGCGGCGGCGGGUGAGAAGCGUGAGAGCAGCUACUAA